UGGGCAGAGCACUGGGAGGCAGGACCUUGUCUUGGGAGUUUCACAAGGCACAAAAAUUCCGGAUCACGUCUCUGCCUCAGCCCCUUCAGGAUAUCCUGUCAUUCAGCCAGGACAUAUAUACAGUUGAGAGUGGCUGAUUUCACCACGACCACUGGAUUUGCCAUUUUUCCUGUCUAGAGGCAGCUUUCACAUAUCAUCAGUUUCAAUCCAGGAAAAAGAGAGGAAAGGAUUUAAAAGCAAACACUGAAAUGAGAAAGAAUUCGCUGGGAGUUCAUCAAAUUAAGUUAAAAUAGCUAAAUAAUUCUGACAGGUACCUGGCACGGAGAAGGAGCAAAUAUUUCCUCACCAUGCUACAAAAUUUAAUACUUUUCUUUCUUGGAUUGGUUGUACAAAAUUUCUGCUCCCCGCCUGAAACUACAGAGCAGGCAAAAAGAUGUGAUAAGAAGUCUCUCUUUAUAAUUAGGACUGAGUGCCAAUCCUGCUCACUCAACUUUGGAAUUAAGUGCCCCGAUGGUUACACCAAAGUUACCAAUGGCUCCGUAGGGGUUCGAGAUUGCAGGUACACCUUUGAGGUCAGAACGUCCUCGCUGUAUCUCCCCGGAUGCCGCCAUAUCUGUAGGAAGGACUAUAUCCAGCCUCAGUGCUGUCCAGGCCACUGGGGCCCAGACUGCAUGGAGUGCCCAGGAGGAGCAAAGUCCCCCUGCAGCGGCAGGGGCAGUUGUGCAGAUGGCAUGGAAGGAAACGGAAGCUGCUCUUGCCAAGAAGGGUUUGGUGGAACAGCCUGUGAAACCUGUGCUGAUGACAACCUAUUUGGACCCAGCUGUUCAGCAGUGUGCAGCUGUGUGCAUGGAGUAUGCAACAGUGGAACAGGUGGUGACGGAACCUGUGAGUGCUACUCUGCAUACACUGGCCCCAACUGUGACCAGCCCAUCCCUGAAUGUGCAGCCUUGCUCUGCCCAGAAAAUUCCAGAUGCUCACCUUCCAACGAAGAUGGAACAAAACUGGAAUGCAAAUGCCUUCCCAAUUACAAAGGCGAUGGCAAAUACUGCGAGCCCAUCAAUCCAUGUUUACAAGAUAUCUGCCACCUUCACGCUCGUUGCACAUACCUGGGACCAAAUCAGCACAGCUGUACAUGCAAAGAAGGCUACCGUGGGGAUGGCCAAGUGUGCUUACCAGUGGACCCUUGCCAAACUAACUUUGGAAACUGCCCUACAAAGUCUACGGUGUGCAAAUAUGAUGGACCCGGACAGUCUCACUGUGAGUGUAAGGAACAUUACCGCAACUUUGUACCUGGAGUGGGGUGCAGUGUGACCGAUAUCUGUGAAUCUAAUAACCCCUGUCACAGGAAUGCAAACUGCACCACCAUCGCACCAGGCCAAACCAAAUGCACUUGCCAGAAAGGUUACGUGGGUGAUGGCUCAACAUGUUAUGGAAACAUCAUGGAGCGACUCAGAGAAUUAAACACUGAACCCAGAGGAAAAUGGCAAGGAAGGCUGACCACUUUCAUCUCCCUCCUCGACAAAGCCUAUGCCUGGCCACUAAGUAACCUGGGACCGUUCACUGUGCUGUUGCCAACAGACAAGGGAUUGAAAGGAUUCAAUGUGAAGGAGCUUUUGAUGGAUAACGAGGCUGCUCAGUACUUUGUGAAACUCCACAUAAUUGCCGGGCAGAUGAACACCGAGUGCAUGAGUAACAUAGACACAUUCUAUACCUUGACUGGGAAGUCCGGGGAAAUCUUCAAUGGUGAUAAGGACAAUCAACUAAAGCUUAAACUCUAUGGAGGCAAAAAGAAGGUAAAAAUUAUAGAAGGGAACAUAAUUGCUUCCAAUGGCCUCUUGCACAUCCUCGACAGAGCCAUGGACAAGAUGGUGCCUACAUUUAAGAGCAACACUGAGCAAACCAUAAUGACAAUGCUUCAACCAAGAUACAGCACAUUCAGAUCUCUAUUAGAGGAAACCAAUGUGGGACAUGCCUUAGAUGAAGAUGGGGUUGGUGGACCAUACACCAUUUUUGUUCCAAGUAAUGAAGCAUUGAAUAACAUGAAGGAUGGCACUCUUGACUACCUUCUUUCUCCAGAGGGAUCUCGGAAGCUUCUGGAACUCAUCAGAUACCACAUUGUCCCAUUUACCCAGCUUGAAGUGGCCACUCUCGUUUCAACCCCUCACAUUAGGAGCAUGGCCAACCAGAUCAUACAGUUUAACACCACCAACAAUGGACAGCUUCUGGCAAACGGUGUGGCAAUGGAAGAAAUUGAGGUCGCUGCCAAAAAUGGCCGAAUUUACACACUGACUGGAGUUCUCAUUCCUCCCUCCAUCGUCCCAGUUCUGCCCCGCCGAUGCGAUGAAACAAAGAGAGAGAUGAAACUGGGCACUUGCGUGAGCUGUUCGCUCGUGUACUGGAGCAAAUGUCCUGCUAACUCCGAGCCCACAGCACUCUUCACACACAAAUGUGUCUACACUGGCAGAAUAAGGAGCCUGAAGAGUGGCUGUGCCAGAUACUGUAAUGUCACUGUGAAGAUACCAAAAUGCUGCAAAGGCUUCUACGGGCCCGACUGCAACCAGUGUCCAGGAGGCUUCUCGAAUCCAUGCUCGGGGAAUGGACAGUGUGUGGACGGCCUCGGUGGCAAUGGGACGUGCGUUUGCCAGGAUGGCUUCCAAGGCUCCCAGUGUCAGUUCUGCUCAGACCCCAAUAAAUAUGGACCCCAGUGCGACAAAAAAUGUCUGUGCGUUGACGGCACGUGUGACAACAGGAUCGACAGUGACGGGGCCUGCCUCCCCGGCACCUGCAGAGAGGGCUCCGCGGGGAGAUUCUGCCACAGGCAGACCUCAGCCUGCGGGCCCUACGUGCAGUUCUGUCACAUCCACGCCACCUGUGAAUACAGCAAUGGGACAGCAAGCUGUGUUUGCAAAGCAGGAUACGAAGGUGACGGAAGCCUCUGUUCAGAGAUGGACCCUUGUGCGGGAUCAACCCCGGGGAGCUGUAGCCACAAUGCAGAAUGCAUCAGAACUGGCACGGGGACCCACACCUGCGUGUGCCAGCAGGGAUGGACCGGGGACGGAAGAGACUGCUCAGAGAUCAACAACUGCCUGCUGCCCCUCGCUGGCGGCUGCCACGACAACGCGACAUGUUUGUACGUAGGCCCCGGGCAGAAUGAGUGUGAGUGCAAGAAAGGAUUUCGAGGCAAUGGGAUUGACUGUGAACCAAUAAGUUCAUGCUUGGAACAAACUGGGAAAUGUCAUCCACUGGCAACUUGUGAGUUCACUUCUGGCGUCUGGAGCUGUGUUUGUGGAGGUGGCUAUGAAGGAGAUGGCCUUCUGUGCUAUGGAAAUGCAGCUGUGGAAUUGUCAUUUCUCUCCGCGGCAGCUAUAUUUAACCAGUGGCUAAAUAACGCUUCUCUACAACCCAUGCUGUCGGCCGCCUCCAACCUCACUGUCCUCGUGCCUUCCCAACAAGCUAUUGAGAACAUGGAUCAAGAGGAGAAAGCCUUCUGGUUGUCCGAGAGCAAUAUUCCAGCCCUAGUAAGGUACCAUACUCUACUAGGCACGUACGGAGUGGCAGAUCUGCAGGCUUUGUCAUCUUCUGACAUGCUGGCAACAUCCUUGCAGGGCAACUUCCUUCACCUGGAGAAGGCAGAUGGGAAUAUCACAAUUGAAGGAGCAUCCAUUGUUGAUGGUGACAACGCAGCCACAAAUGGAGUGAUACACAUCAUCAACAAGGUUCUGGUUCCUCGGAGAGGUCUAAGUGGCUCCUUACCAAGCCUGCUCACCCGGCUGGAUCAGAUGCCUGACUAUUCCAUCUUCCGGGGCUACAUCAUUCAAUAUAAUCUGGCAAGUGCGAUCGAGGCUGCUGAUGCUUACACAGUGUUCGCUCCCAACAACGACGCCAUUGAGCAUUACGUCCGGGAGAAAAAGGUCACAACUCUAGAGGAGGACAUACUCAAGUAUCACGUGGUCUUGGAGGAGAAACUGCUGAAGAAUGACCUACACAAUGGCAUGCACCGGGAGACCAUGCUGGGUUUCUCCUACCUCGUCAGCUUCUUCCUGCACGAUGACCAGCUCUAUGUAAAUGAGGCUCCAAUAAACUACACCAAUGUAGCCACUGACAAGGGAGUGAUCCAUGGCUUGGGGAAAGUUCUGGAAAUCCAGAAGAAUAGAUGUGAUAAUAACGACACUACUAUUUUACGAGGAAAGUGUGGGAAGUGUCCCCAGCAGCCCAUCUGCCCACUUGGAACUAAACCGCUUGGUGAAGAGACGAGGAAAUGUAUCUAUACCGUUUAUUUCAUGGGCAAGCGAUCCAUGUUCAUUGGGUGCCAGCCGAAAUGUGUGAAGACUGUCAUUACGAGAGAGUGCUGUGCCGGCUUCUUCGGUCCCCAGUGCCAGCCCUGCCCAGGGAAAGCGGAGAACGUCUGCUUUGGAAACGGGAUCUGCCUGGACGGAAUGAAUGGCACAGGCGUGUGUGAGUGUGGAGAGGGCUUCAGGGGGACGGCCUGCGAGACCUGCGCUGAGGGCAAGUACGGCAUCCACUGCGACCAAGCAUGUUCUUGUGUCCACGGGAGAUGCAACCAAGGACCCUCGGGUGACGGCUCCUGUGACUGUGACGUUGGCUGGCGAGGAGUGAAAUGUGACAGUGAGAUCACAAAGGACAGCUGCAACGGGACGUGCCACACCAGCGCCAACUGCCUUCUCAAUCCGGAUGGCACAGCCUCGUGCAAAUGUGCGGCAGGAUUCCAAGGGAACGGGACCGUCUGCACAGCAAUCAAUGCCUGUGAGAUCAGCAAUGGAGGCUGCUCUACUAAGGCUCACUGUAAAAGAACCACCCCAGGAAGCCGGACGUGUGUGUGCAAGGCAGGCUAUGCUGGCGAUGGCAUCGUGUGCUUAGAGAUCAACCCGUGUCUGGAGAACCAUGGCGGCUGUCACAAGAAUGCAGAGUGCACGCAGACAGGACCCAACCAGGCCGUCUGUAACUGUUUGCCAAGAUACACUGGAGAUGGGAAGGUCUGCACGCUCAUCAACACCUGCCUAACCAAAAAUGGCGGCUGUAGUGAAUUUGCUAUCUGCAAUCACAGUGGAUCAGAAGAAAGGACCUGUACUUGCAAGCCAAACUAUAUUGGAGAUGGGUUUACCUGCCGUGGCAACAUCUAUCAGGAGCUUCCCAAGAACCCAAACACUUCCCAAUAUUUCUUCCAGUUGCUGGAGCAUUCUGUACGAGACCUGGCUGGUCCAGGCUCCUUCACCGUUUUUGCACCUUUAUCUGCAGCCUUUGAUGACGAACCCCGGAUUAAAGACUGGGACAAACAGGGCCUAAUGCCCCAGGUUCUUCGGUAUCAUGUGAUCGCCUGCCACCAGCUGCUUCUGGAAAACCUGAAAUUGAUCCCGAAUGUGACUUCUCUCCAAGGGGAGCCCAUUGUCAUCUCCGUCUCUCAGGACACGGUGUAUAUAAAUAAUAAAGCUAGGAUCAUAUCCAGUGAUAUCAUCAGUACCAAUGGAAUCAUCCACAUCAUAGACAAAUUGCUGUCUCCCCAAAACUUGCUAAUCACCCCUAAAGAUGCCUCUGGAAGGAUUCUGCAUAAUCUUACGACAGUGGCAAUAAACCACGGCUACGGCAAAUUUAGCAACUUAAUACAGGAUGCGGGCUUGCUGAGCGUCAUCACUGACCCCAUCCACACUCCCAUCACUCUCUUCUGGCCCACCGACCAAGCCCUCCACGCCCUCCCCCAAGAACAACAGGACUUCCUCUUCAACCAAGAUAACAAGGACAAGCUAAAGGAGUAUUUGAAGUUCCACGUGAUCCGAGAUUCCAAGAUUUCAACAGUGGAUCUCCCCAGAGCUGCUGCCUGGAAGACCCUGCAAGGUUCAGAGCUGAGUGUGAAGUGUGGAGCUGGCCGUGACAUUGGUGAGCUCUUCCUGAACGACCAAAGGUGCAGAAUUGUGCAGCGGGAGCUCUUGUUUGACCUGGGUGUGGCCUACGGCAUUGACUGUCUACUGAUUGAUCCCACCCUGGGGGGUCGCUGUGACACUUUCGCCACAUUCGACAUCUCGGGGGAUUGUGGGAGCUGUUUCACUACUCCUAGCUGCCCAAGAUGGACUAAACCAAAGGGCGUGAAGCAGAAGUGUCUGUACAACCUGCCCUUCAAGAGGAACCUGGAAGGCUGCCGGCAGCAGUGCAUCCUGGUGAUGCAGCUCCCCAGGUGCUGCAAGGGCUACUUCGGGCGAGACUGUCAGGCUUGCCCUGGAGGACCAGAUACCCCGUGUAAUAACCGAGGUGUCUGCCUCGAUCAGUACUCGGCCACGGGGGAGUGCAAAUGCAACACCGGCUUCAACGGGACGGCGUGUGAGCUGUGCUGGCCAGGGAGAUUCGGGCCUGACUGUCAGCCCUGUGGCUGCUCGGACCACGGAGAGUGCGAUGACGGGAUCACGGGCUCCGGGCAGUGCGUCUGCGAAACAGGGUGGACGGGCCGCUUCUGCGACACUCAGACAGUUUUACCCCCAGUGUGCACACCUCCUUGUUCUGCUCAUGCCACCUGUAAGGAGAACAACACGUGUGAAUGUAACCUGAAUUAUGAAGGGGAUGGAAUAACGUGCACAGUUGUGGAUUUCUGCAAACAGAACAACGGGGGCUGUGCAAAGGUAGCCAAGUGCUCCCAGAAGGGCACGAAGAUCUCCUGCAGCUGCUCGAAGGGCUACAGGGGAGAUGGCCACAGCUGCACGGAGAUAGACCCCUGUGCGGACGGCCUCAAUGGUGGGUGUCACGAGCAUGCCACCUGCAGGAUGACAGGCCCGGGCAAGCACAAGUGUGAAUGUAAAAGUCAUUACGUGGGAACCGGGAUGGACUGUGAGCUGGAGCAGCUGCCCAUUGACCGCUGUUUGCAGGACAACGGGCAGUGCCACGCCGAUGCCGACUGUGCCGACCUCCACUUCCAGGAUACCACCGUUGGAGUGUUCCAUCUACGCUCCCCGCUGGGCCAGUACAAGUUGACCUUUGACAAAGCCAGAGAGGCCUGUGCCAACGAAGCUGCAACCAUAGCAACCUACAACCAGCUCUCCUAUGCCCAGAAGGCCAAGUACCACCUCUGUUCAGCAGGAUGGCUCGAGAGUGGGCAGGUCGCCUACCCUACAGCCUUCUCCUCCCAGAACUGUGGCUCUGGAGCCGUUGGGAUAGUGGACUAUGGACCAAGAAACAAGAGUGAAAUGUGGGAUGUCUUCUGCUACCGGAUGAAAGAUGUGAACUGCACCUGCAAGGUGGGCUACGUGGGCGACGGCUUCUCGUGCAGUGGCAACCUGCUGCAGGUUCUGAUGUCCUUGCCUUCCCUCACAAACUUCCUGACGGAAGUGCUGGCCUAUUCCAACAGCUCAGCCAGCGGCCGGGCAUUCCUGAAACGCCUGACUGACCCGUCCACCCGCAGCACCCUCUUCGUGCCGCACAACAGCGGGCUGGGGGAAAAUGAGACGCUGUCUGGGCGGGACAUCGAGCACCACCUCGCCAAGGUCAGCAUCUUUCUUUACAACGACCUUGUCAAUGGUACCCUCCUGAGAACUAGGCUGGGAAGCCAGCUGCUUAUCACCGCCAGCCAGGACCAGCGCCAACGGAAUGAGACCAGGUUUGUCGAUGGAAGAGCCAUUCUGCAGUGGGACAUCUUUGCCUCCAAUGGGAUCAUUCAUGUCAUUUCCAGGCCCUUAAAAGCACCCCCCGCCCCAAUGACUUCAGUCCACACUGGCUUGGGAACAGGGAUAUUCUUUGCCGUCAUCCUGGUCACUGGAGCCAUCGCUUUGGGUGCAUAUUCUUACUUUCGACUAAACCGGAGAACAACUGGCUUCCAGCGUUUUGAGUCGGAAGAGGAUAUCGACGUUGCACCUCUUGGCAAGCAGCAGCCCGAGAAUAUCUCGAACCCCGUGUAUGAGAGCGCGACCUCAGCACCUCCAGAACCUUCCUAUGACCCCUUCUCAGACUUGGAAGACCAGCAGCUGGAGAGCAGUGACCCCCUGGGGGCCCUGUGAGGGCCCAGACCUGCUGCAGUCAGCCAUCACUCACGGCCUCAACAAGGCUGUCCACUGUGAAUCCUCAGCACCACUUGCCUUAGGGGAAUGUAAGGUCCUGUAACAUUUUAAAGUAGGAAGCACUCAGAAGCCAUACCUCAUCUUCUCUGGUUAAUCUGGGGGAUUGUUUUGUUUCUGUGGGUUAAGGACCAUCUUAAAUCCAUCCACCAACCCA